GCACGUUCCCUACAUCAGGGCCGUUCCGAGGGAGCAAGGAGGGGCGCUGCCGAAAAUACAUCCAUCCCAUCCCUGAAGAUGUAACACAUUUGGAGGCAUUUCAAACAAGUGAGCGAGUGUGAAAUAAGGUGGCAUUGGAGCCUUAAUCCUCUCGGCAGCACUUUAAAAAUCCUCUCUGAAAAAAAAAAGGUUCCGCCGAGGUAAUUGCUGACAGUGUAAGAAGCUUUUUUUUUUCUCUCUCUCUCUCUCUCUCUCUCUUUCUCUUUUUUCUUCUCCCUUCUUUUCCAUGACUGGAAAAGCUGACGGGCUGAAGCAUCUCUUUUUUUUGAAGCAGCGCAGUGUGCACAAUUUCUUGCGCCGCACCUCAUUUGAUUAGCAUUGAUCUGCCCUCCACGGAUGUGAUCCCACCCUGUUUGUUUGAGUGUUUAUUUAUGCAUUUAUUCACAUAUUCACUUUCUCAUUUAUCGAUUUCGGUUUAUAAAUAUAUAUAUAUAUGUAUAUCUAUUUAUUUACACCAGCGUGAGAUUUCUUGAAGAAGGUCCCCUCACACUUCAUGCACACGUGUGCUUGCUUACACAGGCACACGCAAGCACACGCACAAAAAUCUAAUAGAGCCUGUGCGCACGCGCAGCGCGUGUGCUGAGUGCCCCAAGGGGGGGGACCGGAGUGCUCAUUAAGGAGAGGCUCUGCCAUAUUCUGAAUCGAGACCGUGGGACUCCCAGCCCGACUAUUUAUAGCUGCCGUGUCUCCAUGGCAGUCACCGCUGCGCCGCUGAAGCGCAGCCUCGGCCCAAGACGCCAAUUAAGAAUGAAACAAAAAAAAAGCGCCUUUUAGGCUGGGGCGUGGCCCACUCUUUUUCUAGACCCCCCUCCUUCCCCAACACACACACAAACACACACACCUCCACCCAUUCCCAUUCCCUCCACCCACUUGGGUUCCAUCAGUAAGCGAGCGCAUCCUCGUUUCCUGUGCUGAGGCUGCUCGGGGCAGAGGGAGGACGCAGGGAAACUGGGAUGGACGAGCCUUGCUGCGGCGCUGGCUAUUUUUAAAAAGCACCCCCCCCUUCCCUUGCCUUCCCCUCCUCCCCAUCAUCAUCAUCAGCACCACCACCACCACCCCUCCUCCUCCUCCUCCUCCUUCUCUUCACCCCAGUCCCUCCUCCUCCUCUCCUCUUCCUCCUCAGGAAGAAGGAGAGCAAGCCAGGGAUAUCUCUCUUUUUGUUGUUGUUGUUGUUUUGGUUGUGUUUUUCGGAUUCUCCCCUCUCGCUGCCUCGCCGAUGAUGCUCUUGCACUUGCACGGGAGGCAUUGUGGCGGCGAGCUUUGGGAUGACUACGGAUGCGAUGAAUUGCUGUGACUCAUAGGGGCUUCAGAGAGUUCCAACAGGUCAGAAGAGUGAUGACCAUCCUGUUCCUUACUAUGGUUAUUUCAUACUUCAGUUGCAUGAGAGCUGCGCCCAUGAGAGAGGUCCCGGGCGUGCAAGGAGGGGGCCACCGAGGCGCCGAGGGCUACCUGGGGGCCGCCGCCGCCGCUGUGGCCUCGGCCGGCCGGGGCCACGGGACUCCACAAAGCGGGGGUGGGCUGCCCUCGCUCACGGACACUUUCGAGCAGGUGAUCGAGGAGCUGCUGGAGGCGGAAGGAGGCGCGGCGGAGGACGAGGAGGUGGCGGCUGGGGCGGUGCAGCACCUGGGGCCCGGGGUGGACCAGGGCCAGGGAGGAGGGGGCCCCGUGUCGGCGGCAGCAGCGGUGGCGGCCGAAUCGAAGGACGUCGACAUGUACGCCUCGCGGGUGAUGAUCAGCAACCAAGUGCCUUUGGAGCCGCCGUUGCUCUUUCUCUUGGAGGAAUACAAAAACUACCUGGACGCCGCCAACAUGUCCAUGCGCGUGCGGCGGCACUCGGACCCCGCUCGGCGCGGGGAGCUCAGCGUGUGUGACAGUAUUAGCCAGUGGGUGACAGCCGUGGACAAAAAGACGGCCAUCGACAUGUCCGGCCAGACCGUCACCGUCCUGGAGAAGGUCCCGGUGGCCAACGGUCAGCUGAAGCAAUACUUUUACGAGACCAAAUGCAACCCCUUGGGUUACACAAAGGAGGGCUGCCGAGGAAUAGACAAGCGGCACUAUAACUCACAAUGCCGGACAACCCAGUCGUACGUGCGAGCCCUCACCAUGGAUAGCAAACGGAAGAUCGGCUGGAGGUUUAUACGGAUAGACACUUCGUGUGUAUGCACAUUGACCAUUAAGAGGGGGAGAUAGUGUACACAAUGUAUAGAUUUUAUUCAGAGUUCUAAAAAAACAGAGAGAGAAAAGAGUAAAUAUCUAUUUGUAUAUAUACAUAACAGGGUAAAUUAUUCCGUCAGAUGAAAAAUUUUAUGGACUGCAUGUAAAAAAGAUGAAGUUUAUACAGUAAAGUGAUACUACAGUCUAUUUAUUGAACAUAUUCAUGACCUUGUAAACAAUUAAAAAAAGAUCUGAUCAGUCAUUUGCGCCCAGUUCAAAUUACUAUAUCACAUUCCUCCAGACAUUGUGGUUUUUUUACGUUGCCAAGAACUCAAGAAAUGAGGGGAGGAGAGCAGAAAGGGAGAAUUACAUAGGAAACGAAAGAGACAGAGAGAGAGAGAGAGA